AACCGAUUGUUGUUUGAGAAUCAGCCGCUGAAGCGUGAUGCGUAAAUAGAUAUUAUAUGUUGUGCUGCCUUACAUAAUGUAACUCGAUGCAUCAUUUGCUAAUGAGACUCGUAGAGAUGAUGAACUCUGGUAUCAUUCGCUUUUCUAGAAAGAAUGCAUCUCUUAUUGAAAGUAUUGUUUCAAAAAAUGGUGUACAGCUAACAGUAGGUAUUAAAGAAAUGGCUGUCUACAGUGUUGUGAAAAGUAAUUCAAGUAUUCCAUGCUGUAUAACAUAUUUUAAUGAACGUAUUGAUUAUCAUACGGCUGAUGAUGAGUUCAGAAGAUUUAUGGAUUUCAUUCGGAAAACUUCUGAACCUGUUAAGAGCCAGCUAACAAAUUUCCUGUAUCCUGUGUUUGUUCAUAUAUAUCUUGCUUUGUUUAGGGAUAAUAAGCUUUCAGAAGCUAAAAUUUUCCAUGAAGCCUAUAGUGACAUUUUUUUAAGUGCAGAAGGCUACAAUGAUGUAAUUAGUGACUUAAUUAGCUUCAAAACAGUUAGUGAUAUCCUCAACCAUCCUCACUUUAGUCUUUUUUGGGAAGAAAAAUAUAUUAUACAAGCUUCAGAAGAUACUAUGGAACAAUUAAAAUCAUAUCUAAAGAAUGUAGAAAGUACUGUUUUGCUGCCUAUUCUUCAUUUCCACUUUUAUAUUGAGGGAGACAAUGAACCUCAAGAUCUUGAAUAUGUUACUGAAACUAUAAAAGAUUCAGUGCCAGUGGAAGUAGAACAAUCACGAAAUGAAAAAUUAUCUGCAUUGAAAAACAUAAUAAAAAAGGUAACAGAAGGUCCAUUAAGUCUUCCCACAUCGUAUGCUUAUACAAUUGAAUGUGGUGCAAAAAAUCUUUCUGCAAUUGAUGUGAAUUCUCAGAACUCACUUUUUGCUUGUGCAUUUGAAGAUGCAAAAAUUCAUAUUCUGAGUUUAACCUCUGACUUGUUGGAAUCUGAAGAAGCUACAGAUGAUGUUUCAAACAUUCAGUUAGCAUUUAAUAAAAUUAACAGGAAUAUUAAAAGUGAAACUGAAAAUGGAAGAAAUAGAAAACCAAGUUAUAAUAAAGUACUUCGAGGUCAUGUUGAAUCAGUCUGUGGUUUAUCAUUUACUCCUGAUCAUGACUUAUUAGUUUCUUGUUCUGAAGAUUGUACUAUUAGAGCUUGGAAUAUGAAGACCUUCAAAAAUGUGGCUUUGUAUUAUGGACAUAGCUCAGCUAUUUGGGAUCUAGACAUAAGUUCACAGACAACAUAUUUUGCCACGGCUUCAAAAGACUGUACUGCUCGGCUAUGGGAAUUUUCUCACUCCUCUCCUCUGCGGAUUUUUGCUGGACAUUCUGCAGCUGUUGAUGUUAUUAGAUUUCAUCCAAAUAAUAAUUACAUAGCUACUGGUUCCUCAGAUAAGACCAUUCGACUUUGGACUACACAAGAUGCACGUGCUGUUAGAUGUUUUGUUGGCCAUAAUACAUAUAUAAGUUCUAUGGCCUUUUCUUUGAAUGGACAAAACUUAGCAACGUCUGAUGAUGAUGGCUGUAUUAUUAUCUGGGAUCUGGGUACUGGUAUGAAAAUUAAAGAGCUUCAUGGUCAUACAAGUCGAGUAUUAAGCUUGAGCUUCAAUGGAAACAGUUCUAUGUUGGCAUCUGGUGGUUUUGAUGGAACAUUGAAAAUCUGGGAUGUUCGAAAUCACCCUUCUCAAAGACAGGAAUCCUCUGACAAAGAGAUAAAGGACCCACCCUCAAAACCUCUUGCAUCAUAUGAUAUUAAUAAUAUUAUACAAUUUGUACGUUUUAAUGCGAAAGAUCUAUUAACAUCAUUUGCUACUUCACAAAGACCUGUGGAAUGAAUUUGUACAGUUGAUGUAUUUCUGUUUUACUAAUGAAAAGACCAUGGUUUUGGGUAAGCAUGGUUCUUUGCUCUCCAUGAUGUAUCAGAAUGCAUGAAGAUCUCCGUGACAGAGUGGGAAUUAGUUGCUGGCAACUAAAAAGGAAACAUUUUGUAUAUUUUAGAAGUUGAGCUUACAUAUAUGUAAGUUAAGAUGGUUAUGUAUUCCCUGAAUGUUUAUUAACAUACUUUAAAUCCAAACAUGUGUCAGUUUUGGCAAAUUGAAAAUAGGCAUCAUUAUAUUAGCUUUAAUUUCAUUUCAUAAUGUUCAGCCUAAUGGAUUUCAAAGGAAAUGAUUGUCUUUUCCUCAAGUGAAAUAUUUAUUCUGUACUGUUUAACUGUUUUCAACACUGUAAGACAACACGAUGUAUAUUUCUGUUAACUGUCCACUCCAUAGAGUAAAUGCAACAUGAUGAAAACUUUAUUAUAUUUCUAUUAACUGUGCACUCCAUAGAGUAAAUGCAACAUGAAAACUUUAUUGCAAUAGUGUGCAAAUUUCAGGGUUUCAAAAAUUAUCAGAGCUAUGUAAAUUUUUGUAUUUUCCAAUUAUCAAUUGAAAAUAUAAAAAAAGAGAAUGUUUUUUCCUGCUGAUUUUUUUUCCUUUUCUUCCCCCCCCUUUUGUGUGUGUGUGAGUAUGUCAUGCAUAAGGAUUAAGGUAUUAAAAUCCAUAAUGGUUUCAUUGAACUAGUGAGCAUGUUCUAAAAAUUUAAUCAUAAACUUAUAUCAAAACCAUAGUAACAUUUAUGAUUUAAAUUUACUAACAGAUACAGGUAGAAAGGGGGCAUCAGAAUUUUACCAUUGGUCAAACAGGUAUAGUCCAAUUGUAUUAAUUCUGAUGAAGAGCCCUCCAGGGAUGGAUCUGAGGAUCUCCUACUACCAAACUACUUGAGAGGACUUUUGGCUCAUUAUGUUAAUGUUUACCCCGUCAUCAUGUUACUUGUUACCCGUUACCUCAUCAUGAUACUUGCUCAGACCAGUUUAUGUAAAUUGUAUAGUAAGCAGUCUAGUUUAAAACUGGGCUGUGAUACAAUGAACUUAUACACUUAAUUUUGUGAUACAAUGAACUGCCUACUAUACAAUCUUAACCAUGGACUGAUUCGAACUUCUGUGGAUUAGCCAUCUUUCUGAGUAGUGACAGAGAUACUAAAAGGUUUAAUGGAGCCUGAUAAGUAUUAAGAACAUAGUUAGUUUUUUUCCAUUCCAACUUUAAGUGUGUUUCAGAUUUGUGUAAUCUUUGUUAUUGUUAUCACAUUUUCAUUUAUCAAAAUAGAUAAGCAGUUAUUGUUAUAAAUUUACACAAAGUCUCAAAGUUUAAUUUGCUGUCAUUUUAGUUGUAAUAUCUGCAAAUCAUGGCUAAGAAAAUUUGUAGCUUUUACCAUCGAGUCUUAUUUUGUGUUUUUGUAGUUGAGCAGUAUCAGAGGCAAUAAUUUUCAACCAUUGGACAUAACUUCUGUGGACAGCUACUAAAUGCAAUAUGUAGAGGUAUUUGACCUAGUCCAUCGAUGCUAGUAACGUCAGCUCUGUUUUCUAAAAGCAACUUUGUCAAAGCAUAAUCAGAAUUCUGGACAGCCAAGUGAAGUGGACUAUAUCCAGGUACA